AUGACGCCCCAACGAGCUUUCGAGCACGCAGACAACCUCCUACAGCAAGCCGCAGCUCUACGAGAGAAGGCUGAUGACCUCCGAGAGCAAGCUGAUUUCAUGUAUGGCCGCGCCAACACCCUUACCAAAACCGCUAAAGGUCUUCAGCAAAUCGCUUACCAAGACCGUGACGCUAUGCAAAUCAUGUGGGACAAAAUCCUACGCAUGUCGAAGGAGGAUUUCGAGUUGUACUUGUCUGACUCCGCUCAUUCUGCUCGUUUUAACGAGAUGGCGACACGUGUCGAAGAUGGCUUGGGCAAUGUAGAUCAGAUGAACGAAUUUCUCAGCGACUUCCUGGAGUUCGUAGAUGUGUGCGAUCAAGCUUCUUCCGGCUUUUUGGAAGCAGGGCCAGCCUGCAAACCAAAGUUGAAACGACGCAUAUCUACUCUCAAUGACGGAGAUGAGGCUGCCCCAUACCCCGCAGCGAAGAGGCUUAAGAGAGUGAGAUAUGACGAAGAAUCAGGACCAGCUUCAGAUGAAGACAAAACAAUCAACGGCCAAGCUGCAAGACUUGUUUCACAUGCGCCUGCGGAACGCACCGAGUGCAAUUCCCAAGUCUCGACAGAUGCAGGAGAAACAUCAAAUACGGACUCAGACCCAGCAGGGGAUGAAGAAUCUGAUGGCCACCGGGUUGGAUCUGAGGCAACGAACUCGUCUGAUGAGGAGGAAAAGAAAUCUUCGACACCGAGCGACAUUCAUACUACAACCGAAGCCCGGGACUCUGUCGACGAGAACUCUUCGGUGGGCAGUGAUGACACGGAAUCCGACUCUGGGCUGUCAUGCACAUCCAACAGCGCUUCAGCGUCUUCGUCAAGUGGUGACUCUGCUGAUGAUGUUGUGGUCGAGGAACCCAACGGUCGGCCGGAAAGAACGAGCCGGACUGCGAGUGCGAGCAAGACUGUUGCGGCCCCGACGAGUCAGAAGGACAAGAAGCUGAAGACUGGUUCCGUGUCAGUGCGCAAGUGA